AAUGCUUGUGUGUAUUGACAACUUGCAACCACUUUGAGAUCAGAUUAUGAGGCAAUGCCCUUGAGGCUAUUUGCACAAAAGCUCAUCCUACACCAUUUGAAGCCCAACGAAACGAUCGCGGAGUAUGUGAAUCGUGCCAAGAGCUACGGAGACGAGUUGAAGGCGAUGGGCGUACCCGAGACCGAGAAGCAAAUGAUAAGCUACGUCAUCGGUGGACUUCCGGACGAGUGGGAGGCACACAAAGGCAACGUCUCGUGUAGCCGACCGAAGACAUUGACGGACGCUUGUCAAUGCCGUUGGAGCCGGAAAACCGAUGGGCGCAUGCUUUCAUUGCGGAAAGAAAGGGCACAAGGCGGCCGAGUGUUUCUCCAACCCCAAGAGUCCGAACUUCAAGGGGAGGAGUAUGCAACAUGGCGGCGGAACGAGUGAAGAAGGACAACGCGGACGAGGAACCUUCCCCGGCACUUGCAACCAUUGCAACAAGGUGUUCAAAGCAAGGCGUGGUUCAUGGAUAGCGGAUGCACGCAACACAUGACCAACCGGGCG